CCUGUCAAUAACACAGGAAGUAGAACAUCCAGUGACGCUAAGAAGCUAACCAAACUUGCCAGAAAUAAACGGCCAGAAGAAUUACAUUGUCGAUGGCGCAUCCUACCCACUUCAGGAAUCGCGAUCCUGAUCUGCAGCAGUACCAUGCGAAUGGCAUUUACUCCUGUCCCUGCUGCUUCUUCCGAAAUGAACUCAAAUACAGCUUCAUCUGCCACAUGAAGAAUCACUUUGAAGUGGCGGUGCAGAAUGCAGGAUGGUUUAUCUUGAAAUGCAGCAAUAAAUGCAAAAAAGAAGCACAUUAUCAUUGCCCACCCUGCGGCAAGGUUGUCGGCAAGAGAGAGCUUUUUUUAAAGCACAUAUCUAAAUGUUACACUGCAAACGCAGUGCCUCCUCCCUCACCUGCUGAAGCAGCCCCUCCAGCACCUCCUGUGGUAGUACUAGCCCCUCCUCCUGUGGUACUAGCUCCUCCUCCUGUGGUUCUAGCUCCUCCUCCUGUGGUUCUAGCUCCUCCUCCUGUGGUUGUGCUUCCUCCACCUGCUGAAGUAGCUCCUCCUGCAAAAACACCACCUCUAUCAACUUCUUCUGCUGAAGCAGGACCUCCUCCAUCACCUCCAGCUGAAGCAGCACCUCCUGCAAAAACACCACCCCCGUCAACUUCUCCUGCAGAGGCACCACCCCCGUCAACUUCUCCUGCUGAACCACCACCUCCAUCAACUUCUGCUAAAUCACCACCUCCACCUGCAGAAGCACCACCACAGUCAACUUCUCCUGCAGAGGCACCACCCCCGUCAACUUCUCCUGUUGAAGCACCACCUCCGUCAACUUCUCCUGCUGAAACAAAACCCCCGUCAACUUCUGCUAAAUCACCACCUCCACCUGCAGAAGCACCACCUCAGUCAACUUCUCCUGCAGAGGCACCACCCCCGUCAACUUCUCCUGUUGAAGCACCACCUCCGUCAUCUUCUGCUAAAUCACCACCUCCGUCAUCUUCUGCUAAAUCACCACCUCCACCUGCAGAAGCACCACCUCAGUCACCUGCAAUAUCAUCGCCUCCACCUGCUAAACCACCUCCUCCACCACCUGCUCCUGCAGUAGUGAAAGCAGAACCUCCAACACCUGUUCCUGUUUCGUCUGUGCAAGUACUUCAGACUACAUCUACUCAAGGAUUUCCUCAAGUGGUGUAUUUGGUGCUUCCGUCAGGAGCAGCACCGACAAACUUUGCAGUUUCUCUUCCUCCUCCUCCUCCUCCUAAACCCCCUGUGCAGCGGAACACAGUCACACAUCCUACCCAUUUUAAAGGCAUACCAGAUCCAGAGUUCUUCCUGCAGGAUGGGACGUAUAAAUGCACCUGCUGCUCGUACAUUACAGUCAUCAAUGGCCACCACAUGCCGGGCCACAUGGAAACCCACUUCAACUCUGCUGUGAGGCAUAAAGGGCUUAUGAUCUGCAGAUGCAGCAAACCUUGCAUGGCAAAUUCCCAUUUUCAUUGUGCAUACUGCAAAAUCACCAAGGUCAACAAAGAAGCCUUUAAAAUGCAUUUAAACAGCCACCUGUAUCCCACCACUGUCACUGCAUUCACUGUUGCGCCCCCUUUGAAGCAGGCGGCAUCCAACGCUGUUGCCGCCCCUUUGGCACAGCCUUCAUCCUCCGCCUCGCAGUCGGAAUCCGCUCCUGACAUUGACGCCUCGCAUCCUACCCAUUUUGAGGGCAUGCCGGACGCAUCCUUCUUCCUCGAGGGUGGGCUGUAUAAAUGCAGCUGCUGCACCUACAAGGCCGUCAAUGCCUAUCAGAUGCAGGCCCACAUAGAAAACCACUUUAAUUUUGCUGUGAACUACAAAGGACUUUUCAUCUGCAAAUGCAGCAAACCUUGCAGGCAGAUGGCCCAUUUUCAUUGUGUGCACUGCAACUCAACAGUAAGCAAGAGAGAGACUUAUUUGGGUCAUUUACAAAAUCACAACGAGUCUCCCCCCACCACUCCGCCACCGAAACCUGCAUUCACUGUUGCCGCCCCGUUGAAGCAGCCGGCAUCCAACACUGAUGCCGUCCCAAUGGAGCAGCUCGCAUCCAUCACUGCUGCCGCCCCCUUAACACAGGUGCAGACAUCCACUGCCGCCCCCUUGACACAGCUGCAGACAUCCACUGCUGCCCCCGUGACUCAGCUGCAGACAUCCACUGCUGCCCCCGUGACUCAGCUGCAGACAUCCACUGCUGCCGCCCCCUUAACACAGCUGCAGACAUCCACUGCUGCCCCCGUGACUCAGCUGCAGACAUCCACUGCUGACGCCCCCUUAACACAGCAGCCUUCUUCCAACACUGCUGACGCCCCCUUGACUCAACUGCAGACUUCCAACACUGUUGCCGCCCCCUUGAUUCUGCAGCAGACAUCCACCACUGUUGCUGCCCCCUUGACACAGGAGCCUUCAUCCUCCACUGCUGACGCCUUGCAGUCUGUCUCCACUGCUACCGUUGACUCUUCGCAUCCUACCCAUUUCGAGGGCAUGCCGGACGCAUCAUUCUUCCUCGAGGGUGGGCUACAUAAAUGCAGCUGCUGCACCUACACAGUCGUCAAUGCCCAUCAGAUGCAGGCCCACAUGGAAAACCACUUUAAUCGUGCUGUGAAGUAUAAAGGAAUUUUCAUCUGCAAAUGCAACAGAUCCUGCAGGGCGGCGGCUCAUUUUCAUUGCGUGCACUGCGAUUCAACGGUAAUCAGGAGAAGUCAGGUUGUAAAUCAUUUAAACAGCCACCACCAGAAUCCCCCCACAACUGCCCCCCUGCCGAAACCUGCACCACUGCCCCCCUUGACACAGCUGCAGACAUCCACUACUGCUGCCCCCUUGACACAGCUGCAGACAUCCACUGUUGCCGCCCCCUUGACACAGCUGCAGACAUCCACUGUUGCCGCCCCCUUGACACAGCUGCAGACAUCCACUGUUGCCGCCCCCUUGACACAGCUGCAGACAUCCACUGUUGCCGCCCCCUUGACUCAGCUGCAGACAUCCACUGUUGCCGCCCCCUUGACUCAGAUGCAGACAUCCACUGUUGCCGGCCCCUUGACACAGCUGCAGACAUCCACUGUUGCCGGCCCCUUGACACAGCUGCAGACAUCCACUGCUGCCGCCCCCUUGACACAGCUGCAGACAUCCACUGUUGCCGCCCCCUUGACUCAGAUGCAGACGUCCACUGUUGCUGCCCCCUUGACUCAGCUGCAGACAUCUACGAUUGCCGCCCCUCAGUCUGAAUCCACUGCUGCCAUUGCCUCUUCGGUCAGCUGUACGCAUCCUACCCAUUUUAAAAGCGUACCAGAUCCAGAGUCCUUCCUGCAGGAUGGGGCGUAUAAAUGCAUCUCCUGCUCGUACAGUGCAGGCAACGACUUAACCAAGAUUGAGAUCCACAUGGAAACCCACUUUAAUCAUGCUGUGAAGCAUAAAGGAAUUACAAUCUGGAAAUGCAACAGGUCUUGCAGGACGGUAGCCCAUUUCCAUUGUUUGUACUGCCCCUCCACCGUAAUAAAGAGAGAGCAGUUUGGACAUCAUUUAAACAGCCACCUGUCGGGCACCCUAACGAAAUCUGGAUUCACGGUUACCGCCCCUCUGAAGCAGCCGGCAUCCAAGGCUGUUGCCGCCCCCGUGAAGCAGCAGCAACCGGCAUCCUUCAGUGCUGCCGACCCUUUGACUCAGCUGUGGAUAUCCACUGCUGACGAGCACAUGACGGAGCAGACUAUAUCCUCGACGGCUGCCGACCCGCUGUCUGAAUCCGACGCUGCCGUCACCUCUUUGUUGGAGCCUCCACCCUCCGUUGAGUUUGAUGAGGAAGACCUCUUCUCGGAGCCUCCCUCCCCGGACGAUCCCGCCAUGUCGUUCCUGUCCCCCUCAGCUAUCGGCAUUUGGUCACCGCCCCCCCGACCUUCGAGUCAAGCGGGGGCAAAGCCCUCGGGGAGAGACAAGGUGGUGUGCCCGCAGUGCCGAAUCCGCCUGAACAAAAAGAACCUCAAGGUGCACAUUGAGAGGCGCCACUCCCGGAUCCUGAAGCUGCAGAUCAGCACGGAGCGCCACCUGAGGUGCCAGUGCAUCGACGUGGACAGAGGCGUCUUUGUCGUGGCCCGGGCCUUCGACACCCUCGGCGCACCGCUGCACGUGCUCCGACAGACGUGGGACCAGGAGCAGACGUUCUGCGAGGCGGAGGAAUGCAAGGCGAAGUUCAAGAUGGAGCCCGCCGCCGCUGCCACUGCCACAAAAAAGUCCAACCCGAAAACUUUGGAAUGUCCGCACCUCAGGUCGCUCUGGUACUGUCCUGCCGUGACGGAGACGGAGCCUCUUAAGCUGGACGAACGGCUUCUGAUGACAAUAGAGGAGAAGGGCUUUGGACCGGAGCAGAGGGCCCUGUGUCUGGAGCACCAGAGGGCGGCGCUGGAAGCCAGGGCGCCCCUCUCCUUCCUGGUGGACCUCCCCGGGCCGGCGAAAAAGAGGUACCUGUCCGUCUACGAGCCGGCCGUGGAGCAGCAGUACAGCAGGACGGGCCGCGUCAUGGUCGGCUUCAACUUCAGGACGGUAACCUGGCAGUGCCCGUGCGCAAAGCGCUGCCAGCCCUGCGUCCACAAGUACGUCGCCAGGUGGCACAUGCUCCACGUCAUCAGUCAUUCAGUUUAAUGAUGAAGUUGAAGUUAAAGUUUGUAAUUAUUAUUUCUUGGCUUGAUUACAUUUCGAAUUCAUCAUUCAGUUCAUUGAUCAAUUUUCUCAUUCAGUUCAGAAAAUUUUGUUGAAGUGUUUUUAGUCACAUACAGUAUGUGAGUGUAUUACUGAACGGGUUAAACCAAAGACAGGAGCUUUCCCACUAACUCGUUGUGUUUCUUUGUAAUGGGAAAAAAAUGUUAGGUUUUUUUAACUUGCUGGUACGGAAUUUGUUCAUGUGCCAUUUUUCGAAAAUGUGUUAUGCCGAAGUUGAGCGAGUCUGUAAAUUAAAGUAUGGAAAUAAACAGAAAAGACUACAGUGGCAAAUUCAA